UGACAUCACGGCUUUAAAUAUUCCCGUUGCUUCUUCCCACCCGUCCUCAUCAUCACUACUCAACCAGCUGAAAGUGCCUCACGGUUCAACGAUGUUUAUGUAGCUUUGCUUGCUUUAAGUUAAACAGCAACGUCGAAAUAACUGUAUCUGGCAGACACCGCUGCCUCAUUGUCCGCUUUGCUACAAACACUUUUGUGCUUCCAGCACCGGGUCCUCCUUGGGGAGAAAAAGCGCCUACUGGGCUUCAGUGCGGAAAAAGAGAGGAGGAGAAGAGGACCGACCUAACUCGGGCGUGGUAGCAAGAAAAAAAACUCAUCUUUGUUAGCAAAACUUCAAAAAGUAGCACCCAUAAUGUCGCUGUCGGUACCGCAGAACGGAGUAAAGGCGGAUAACGAGCCCGUUAUCGAGCUGUUUGUGAAGGCGGGAAGCGAUGGAGAGAGCAUUGGGAACUGCCCCUUCUCCCAGAGGCUCUUCAUGAUCCUGUGGCUGAAAGGAGUCGUCUUCAACGUCACCACAGUCGACCUCAAGAGGAAACCGGCAGACCUCCAGAACCUGGCCCCGGGCACACACCCACCCUUUAUCACCUUCAACGGCGAGGUCAAAACUGAUGUCAACAAGAUAGAGGAGUUCCUUGAGGAUGUCCUCUGCCCACCGAAGUACAUCAAGCUUGGUGCAAGACACCCCGAGUCAAACACAUCUGGUAUGGACAUCUUUGCCAAGUUUUCAGCAUUCAUUAAGAACUCAAAACCAGAUGCGAAUGAGGCUCUGGAGCGUGGCCUCCUGAAGACACUGCAGAAGCUGGACGAGUACCUUCGCUCACCACUGCCCGACGAGAUUGACCACAACAGCAUCGAGGACGUCAAGGUUUCCAACCGUAAAUUCUUGGACGGUGAUGAAAUGACCCUGGCUGAUUGCAACCUGCUGCCUAAGCUGCAUAUAGUCAAGGUGGUGGCCAAGAAGUACAGAGGCUUUGAGAUCCCCAAAGAGAUGACUGCUGUCUGGAAGUACCUGAACAACGCCUACACCCGUGAAGAGUUCACCAACACCUGCCCCAGUGACAAAGAGAUUGAGAUAGCCUACGCAGACGUAGCCAAGAGGCUGGUCAAAUAGGCUCCUCUGCCCUGACUUCCUCUCCUCCCUCCAUCUCUCACUCCGUCACCCUCCCCCUCUCUACACACCCUUACACCUCCCCCUCCCCAGCACCGGGACUGAUGUGCUCAUUCACGAGAAAGAAAAAACUCUGGACUUCUUUUUCUUCUCUUCUCAUCUAGAGCGAACCCCAAUGCAUGAACCCCUCUUGAUUCAUUUUUUUUCCUGCAUAUUUUACAAAGACCUAUUUUUAGUUGAUUCAGCAGCAGGUCACCGCUGUUCCAUGUUUCAUCAUUAAGUGCUUUUACUUUUCAUUUGCUGAUGAAUGUUGUGAGGCGUUGCAAGACGGCAAGGCGAGAAGCAGCCAGACACGUGUAUCAGUGCUUAUCAAUGUUGGGAGCCUCGUCAAACACACUCCCUGAUAAGUGACCUUCAAGCUGACCUUCUCUCUGCAUGCAUGCAGGGGGAAAGGUCACAAGCUGUUGUCGAUUUUCUGUUGUCUGUUUAAUAUUGAAAUAGCUCUUUCUAGGAUUGCUUUAAAACGAACACAGAGAAGCAGUUUAUUUUCCUUGUCUUUUGGCUUAUUAAGAGGCAUUGUAAACAGUGUUGAAGCUUCAGUGUUUUUGGCUCAAGUAUUUGACAGGUUUAAGUAGAAGCUAAUCCAAACCUGACAUAUCAAGUGAGAGAUGCUUUAUCUUAAUGUCGAGCUGUUAAAAAUAAAUCAAAAUAAUUGUAACUGCAGGUAAAGCUACCUGGCAUCCAUGCUCUGAUUUUCUCAUUGCCUCAAAUGGGCAAAAGUAGCUCAGCUCAGUAGAACUGUAGGGAAUUUCCUGCCCCGGCUGCAGAAGUAACAACUCAGGACAAAUCUAACCUGAGGUCUAAGAAAUAUUCAACAUAUGUAGCUUACAGAUGUUCAAGGAGGUGUAGACUUCUAGGCUGGCCUUUUGUUAAUCAACUACAGAAAAGCUUGCUGACUCUUUCUUCUCUUGUGAAGCAUGAAGGAAAGUCGGUCGUGCUGACUGUAGCGGUAGUUUAGAUUACACGUGGCGGACCAAAAAGGGGCACAUUAUACUGGUCUCACUGUGGAUAGGAUGACAAUGGCUGUAUAAAUGGAAAAAAAGGAAACCAUGUACUCUCACCAUUUUCUUCUCUAUAGCAUACAGAAUGAAGGACACUAAUGUGCAAGUCAGGUGACACGAAAGAUAUUUAUGACAAAACAAAUCGAGGAAAGCAGCGAUGAAACCAAUUUUUUUCAGUACACGGACUGAUCUCUGAGGUAGUGAAUGUACGUUAUGAUACAGUAGCUCCAAAAGUGCUUUACUACGGAUAAAGCAACCCGUUUUGUUUUCUCUCAUUUGCCAUGUUUUUUUUUUUUUU